AUUUUUUAUUUAAUAAUGUUGUUUUUUAUAAAUAAUAAAUAUUUAAAUUUAAUUAUUAGUAAUUUAAUUAUAGUUAUAUUAUUAUUUAAUUUAUUUAAUUUUAGUUGAAUUGAAUGAAUUAUUUAUAUAUGAAAUUUUAGAUUCAAUAAUUAUUCAUAUGGAUUAAUAAUAUUGACUUUAUGAAUUUUUAGAUUAAUUUUUUUAUCAUUAAAUAAUAAUAGAAUUAAUUGUUUAUUAAUUAAUUUAUUAUUAAUAAUAUCUUUAUUAUUUGUGUUUAUAUCAAUAAAUUUUUUAUUAUUUUAUUUAUUUUAUGAAUUAGGAUUAUUAAUUAUUUUUUAUAUAGUAGUAAAAUGAGGGUAUAGUGAAAAUCGAUGAUUAGCAGGAUUUUAUUUAAUAUUUUAUACUAUAGUAUUUUCUUUACCUAUAUUAUAUAUUAUUUAUUAUAUUUAUUGAAUGAAUAAUAGAUUAAAUUUUAUAUUAAUAGAAAUAUUAAAUUUUAAUUUAAAUUUUAUAUUAUUUAUAUAUUUAUUAAUGUCAUUUUUAGUUAAAAUUCCUAUUUAUAUAUUUCAUGGAUGAUUAUUAAAAGCUCAUGUUGAAGCUCCAUAUUAUGGAUCAAUAAUUUUAGCAUCAAUUAUAUUAAAAUUAGGGGGAUAUGGAAUAUUACGGAUAAUAAUAAUAAUAAAGUUUGAAUUUAUUUAUUUUAGAAAAAUUUUAAUUGUAGUAAAUUUAUUUGGAGUAUUAAUUUUAAGAUUAAUAUGUUUAAUGCAAUAUGAUAUAAAAUCUAUUAUUGCAAUUUCUUCAAUUGUUCAUAUAGGAUUAAUAAUUAUAAGAAUAUUAACAUUUUUUAAAUUAAGAUUAAUUGGUAGAUAUAUAAUAAUAGUUUCUCAUGGAUUAAGAUCUUCUGGUUUAUUUUUUUUAGUAAAUGUAAUUUAUAAGCAAACUAAUAGGCGGUUAAUAUUUGUAAAUAAGGGAAUAAUUAAUUUUAUACCAUCUAUAUCUUUAAUGUGAUUUAUGUUAUGUUCAUCAAAUAUGGGAUCUCCUGUAUCAUUAAAUUUAGUUAGAGAGGUGAUGUUAAUAAUUGGAUUAAUUUUUUGAUUAAAAUAUUUAUUUAUUAUUUUAAUGAUAUAUUGUUUAUUUAGAUUUAUUUAUUCAGUUUAUUUAUUUAUAAUUAUUAAUCAUGGAAAAAAUUAUAUUAAUUUUAAAAUUAAUAAUAGAAUAAUAAUUGAUUAUUAUAUUUUAUUAAUACAUUGAAUUCCAUUAAAUUUAAUAUUUUUAAAAUUAUAUUUUAUUUAUUUAAAUAGUUUAAUUAAAAUAUUGAUUUGUGAAAUCAAUGAUAUAAAUUUUUAUUUAUUUUAA